AUGGAGACUCUGUCACCUAGACCUAGAGACUCCUCCCGAUGGAGAUGGUCUUAUGUAACUUGGCUAUCACAAUUCACACAUCAGAAUCAGAAGGAUGAUUCAAACCAGCCGAUACUUAUCCCUGACCUAGUUAGAUCGAUCUUGGAGCGUUUGAGUUUUGUUGAUUUUCAUCGAGCAAGAUGCAUUUCUUCAGUAUGGUACACAACUUCGGAGUCAUCAUUCAUUAGAGUAACCAAUCCAACAACUCCAUGGCUCAUCUUCUUUCCAAGCCAACAUGUUGAAAACAACUACAACAUUUCAUGUAAGUUGUAUGAUCCUCAUGAAAACAAGACUUACAUAGUAAGAGGUUGUCUCGGGUUUGAUCUAUCUAGGAGUCGUUGUUUGGCUAGUUCUGGUAGCUGGUUCCUUAUGCUAGAGUCUAGUACUAAGUUUCAUCUUUUGAAUAUGUUUACUCGUGUGAGGAUCACUCUUCCGGCUCUAGAAUUAACCGAUGGCAGCGAUGUCGAAAAUGCGGUUUUGUGGGUAGAUGAAGAAAGGAAAGAUUACUUGGUUGUUUGGAAUAUUGCUAGCAAUUUUGCAUAUCAUAAGAAAGGAGACAAUAGCUGGAAAAGGUUUGAACCUUUAAAGAAUCAAGGCUGUAUAAUUGAUAUGGUGUUUAAAGAGAGCAAGCUUUACUUGCUUAGUAGUGUAACUCGAGAUGUUACUGUUCUUGAUUUCUCCGGUAAUGAUUCUCCGGUGGAAUGUGCAACUUUUCCAUUUAAUCGGUAUGAUGAUUAUCCCUACCUAAUUGGAAAGGGUCAUUACAAGCUCGCUGUGACUUUGUCCGGAGAAGUUUUGAUUAUUAUUGUAGAGCUAGAUCAGAGACAAUAUCUUAGGACGGCAGUCUACAAGAUAGAUCCGAAAUCGUCAGAAUGGAGAAGAAUCAAGUCUCUAGAGGGAGAAACAUUGCUUUUCGAUCUAGGACUAACGGUUGCGGCCAAAGUUAUGAAAAAUUGCAUAUAUUUUGGUAACGAUCAGUUUGAUAGAAACAAUGGGAUUAGUCUAUGCGAUGAUUAUAACUAUAACCGUAUUCGCAUCUACCAUGUUCGAACCGGUUUCGUCUUCCAAGUGUUUGAACAUCUUACUGCUUUCUCGACAAUACUUUUCAAGGAUGCUCGUUGGUUUUUGCCCACUUUUGGUUUAAAAUGGUUGCUUUAA